AUGAGACAUCAUCUACUAAAUAUUUUAAGUAGAAAUUCUAACUUAAUUUCAAAUUUAUCAAACAUUUCCAAAAAUCGUUUUCUCUCUUCAUCAGGAAUUAAUUUGAAUAAAAAGUUAGUUGAUACAUAUAAAAGUUGUUUAGAUGAACCUAAAGUAAAAUCGCCUUACAUUAAUGACUUUGUAAAUUAUUCAACAAACAUUUCUCCUCAUGAUGUUUCAAAGUCAAUGGAAGAAAAAACUAUGAAUAAAGAAGAUUUAUCUCUUAAAUCAAAUUCUAAAAAAUCACUAACUGAUGAAAAGUUAGAGAAAAAAGAAAAUUUAAAGGCAGUGGAAAGAGAGGAAAAAAAAUCAACAACUUCACAACCAAUUGAUGAGAAUCUUAAAGAUGAAGAAUUGGAGGAAAAGGAGAAACGUGAAAAACGUCAAAGAAGUGAGAAAUAUACAAUGUUAUCAUUGAAAAUUUUCUUUGGAGCUUCAUUGACAACUUUGGUUGGUUUCUUUAUAUACUCUGCAAUGGAACAUCAUGAUGAAAAGGGUAAUAUCAUUACUGAUCAAUAUAGUGGUCAGACGUUAGCUCCAUUAUGGCGUAUAUUAGACUCAAUUAAAAAUAUCAAAAAAAUGGCUUUUGAACCAAGUCGUGAAAAACUUCUUCCAGACCCAUUACAAUAUCCAUACUUACAACCAAAAUAUACAUUGGUUAUUGAAAUGAAAAAUAUUUUGUUACAUCCUGAAUGGACUUAUACAACUGGUUAUCGUUUUAAAAAGAGACCAGCUCUUGACUAUUUUCUUGAUGUAGUUGGUUAUCCAAAUUUUGAAGUUGUCAUAUACACUUCAGAUGGUAGUUCAUCUGCUCCACAAAUUCUGGAUCAAAUUGAUCCUCAUCAAAAGAUAAUGUACAGACUAUACAGAGAUUGUACAUUAUAUGAAAACGGACACAAUAGAAAAGAUUUAUCUAGAUUAAAUCGUGAUUUAAGUAAAGUAAUAUACAUAGAUUAUGAUCCAGAAUCUUUCAAAUUACAUCCAGAAAAUGUUUUAAGGGUACCAAAAUGGGAGGGUGAUAUGAGUGAUACCUCUUUAAUUGAUCUUGCUGAAUUGUUAAAGACUAUACUUGAAAGUGAUGUUGAUGAUGUACGUCCAACACUUCAAUAUUACAGUCAAUAUGAUGACCCAGCAAAAGAAUUUAAACGUCGUGCUUAUUAUUUAGCAGAAAAAAAUGCAGAAAAAGAAUCUAAAAAAGAUGAAUCAACAUAUGCUGCUUUAAAAAGAUAUUCAGGUUCAUUAUUUGGUUUUAGAAGACACAAUUAA